GAGGAGUGGGAGGAGGUAGCAGCAGGCACAGAUCCUGGGAGGGGUAGGGCCAAGGAGGCUCACAUCACAGCCCUCCCCACACACACACACACACACACACACACACAGAGGCAUUUCCAGCCGCCGCGGCUCCUGCUAGCAAAGCAAACUCCCCCAGUUCCCUUCUUGCAAAGGAGCGUCCUUGGUUCCCCUCGGGGAGGAGGCUCGGAUCCUGGGUCUCCCCGGCCCCGAGCGCAAAGGGGGGGGGGGCUGAGCGAGGCUCGCUUGUGCCAAAGCUCGCCCCGGACUGACUCCCUCGGCUCCUUUCCCGACCAGCCUUGGGGUCAGGAUCCGUGGCUGGAGCAUCCGGAUACGUCUCACCCCAGGGUAGGGGCUGAUGCCGGGCACGACAACUCCUGCAGCUGCUGCUUUGUUUUGGAGUUAAUUUUGGUAGCAAAUCGCCUUUCCUGCAACUUUUUUGUUUGGUUUGUUUUGUUUUGCUAGAUCCACCCCCGCCCCUCCCCGGACUGCUAGAUGCGGGGUUUCUCUUAAGUUUGCAUCAGCGCCCCCCCCUCCGUCGCCCCCCCCCCAACAACAGAUCCGCUGGAUCAAAGGACGAGCCCGGCGGCACGAGCUCUGCAUUUGCUUAUUAGCUGCAAGGGGGGGGGGAGGCGGCCGGCACAGACAGACGGACGGACGGUGGAGAAGCCGAGAUGCAACUGACCAGGGCGCCUCUCUGGCUCCUGCUGCUGUACCAGCUUCUCCCGGGCAAGGUUUCAGCCCGCCAUGGCUGCAAGAGCGGACGCUUCACCUUCCUUGGGGACUGCUGCGACCUCUGCCCCCAGGGCUAUGGGGUGGCUGUCCCGUGCGGCAGCUCCAACACGGAGUGUGAGCCCUGCAGAGAGAAUGGUACGUUCUCCCCCAUCAGCAGCGCCAUGGAGCCGUGCCAGCCGUGCUCACGGUGCCCAGAGCACGUGCCGGUGGCAGAGGCGUGCACCCCCACCCAUGACACUGUGUGCACCCCCCCGUGCGCCCCCGGCUACUACCUGCCCGCGGAGAACGGGAGCAGCAGCCAAUGCCUGCCUUGCCAGGUGUGUGGGCAGGGCUAUGGGGCAGCGACGCCGUGCCGGCUUACGGACAACACUGUCUGCCAAAAGUGCCCGGAGGGCUUUUACUCGGAGGAGAAGAGCUACACAGCGCCGUGCCUGCCCUGCCGGCUGGAGUGCAACGAGAACGAGGUGAUGAUCCGCGCCUGCAGCCCCGUGUCGGACACACUGUGCAUGGACAGAGAGCUGCAGAUCCUGAAGCGCACGGAGGGGGACCCCCGCAAGGAUCACCCCAAGAAGCCCCCGCUGUCUGAGUCAGAGGGCAGCGCCUCCCCCAACAACUCCUCCGAGUUCCUCCCGCCGUUGCCAGACAACAGCAAGAACAUCAUCCCCGUCUACUGCUCUAUCCUGGCCGCGGUGGUGGUGGGGCUCCUGGCCUAUGUGGCUUUCAAAUGCUGGAACACCUGCAAGCAGAAGAAACAGCUGGCCAAAGCCAGGGCUGGGGAGCUGGGGGCCUCCCCCGAGGGCGAGAAGCUGCACAGCGACAGCGGUGUCUUCCUCGACACACACAGCCUGCAGGAGCACCACCCGCUCAACAAGGUGCACAAGGCUGAGCCCCGGCUGUACAGCGCCCUGCCACCCCCCAAGCAGGAGGAGGUGGAGCAGCUGCUGGAGAGCUCCAGCCACGGCAAGGACUGGCGCUGCCUGGCCAGCCAGCUGGGCUACGAGGAAGAGGCCAUCGACACCUUCAGCCAGGGCGAAGCCCCCGCCCACACCCUUCUCUCUGACUGGUCUGUCAAGGAGGGGGCCACGCUGGAGGCCCUGUGCGCAGCCCUGGCCAGCAUCGAGCGGCCGGACGUGGUGGAGAACUUGACCGGCCCAGCUGAGGCCAGCUCGGUGGUGUAAUGGCAGGGGCAAGCCAGCAGGGGAAUGCGCCCCCCCCCCAGCGAGAACGGGACUUGCUAGGAAUUUUAAAUGGCAACAAAAAAGAAAAGGGGGGAGGGAAACAAAUUUUGUUAAUUAUGAGGGAACUUAAAAAAAAAAAAGCAACGAAACAAACAAAAAAGCCAUGGAGUAAUGGCCUUUGGAGGGACCAGGUGCAGCACCAUGAUGUGACUGGCACGUGAGCCCACCGUCCCCUACCGGUGGCGAUCGGACCUGCGGGUACCACACACUGUCCCCUGUCGGUGGCCAUCAGGCCUGUGGGUACCACACGCCGUCCCCUGCCGGCGGCCAUUGGGCCUGCAGGUACCACAUGCCUUGGCAGCAGGGGAGCUAUGCCUUAAUACUAGGGCAGCCUCUUUAGCGCCAAUGGAUGAAACCUGGGAUUCUGGGGCCAAAGGCUCUGGAUCCUCUCCCCGCUUGACCAUGGGCUUGGGAGAGAGCCAGCCCCCGAGGUGAGCGGGUGGGUGAUGCCUCACAGCCUGGCAGGGAGAGACGCUGGCGUUGCUGGAGCGGGAGGGGAGUUUGUGGGGAUGGGUUCUCUGCCCCUUUGACUCUGUCCCAUCUGGGGAUCCCGGCUGGCCUGGGGCUACUCCCGCCUUGUCAUGUGGUUUCCUUCUAUCACGUGGCCAUUGUAACCCCUGGGGAUUAACCAUGGGCUUUCCCCUUCCUUGUGUGCCGUCUGGAAGAGCCCUCAGCCAUACGGGGAGCCGGUGGACCCUGACCUGCUAGGGCCAAGCCAUUCACCCUCCCCAUGCCUAGAGCUUGCUCACAAAGGACGGUUCCCAGAAUCCUUUAGGGUGCUGCCCUUGGGGUGGGGCCUCAUGGACAUUGCCUGUAGCCAUUUUAGGGGUUCAGUCCUUUGCCCUUGGGCCCAGUUGCUGGCAGGGAUUGGCCCAGUGGCAUAUGGAGACUUCCAAGUGACCCAGCAACCUCCCUUCAGCCAGAGACCAGAGAGGGAACGGGGGUGGGCGAACCAGCUGGCUGCUCCUUUGACCCUGCGGCCCCCAGACAGCACUGCUGGUGAUCCAUCUGCCAUGGGAUUCAGGACCCUGAUACUGGGACGUGCUGGCUGAGCCUGGCACUAGGCACAGGCCAUUAUAGUUAGGUAUUUGUCCCAAGGUGCCAACAUUGUGCCGUGUCCCCUGCCCCACAGAAUGCCUAUUGAGGUGGCCGUGCCAGCCUGCCCCCAGUGGGUCAUCACCCGCCUGCCUGUGUCCCGAACUGUGCUCUGUGACUGCCCUCUGCUGAGCUGCUUGGCACGUUGCCCUGGGUCCUGGCUGCCCCCUAGCACCAACCGCUGGAGCCUCAGCCCGGCC